ACUGUAGACUCAGCAACAGACACACAUACAUCCAGUGCGUGUGAAUGUGAAUGAGGUUCGGUAAAACACACGACAACGUUGUACCUGUUUAAAGCGUUCGAGGACGGCGUAAAACCACCGACCAAGUAACCGGAUACGUCGACGAGUAAUUAUAUUGACGGAAGUUGGAAAGAAAACUAUUUAAAAGUUAAAAUACAGCUUAAGUGGACUCCGAAGAAGUGAUUCUGUGAGUCUGUGUUUGGAGCGGUGGUGGCAGAUUCGAGAUGACAACGAUGAAGAAUCGGGAUUAAUACCAAGCAGGAUCUUAAGAAGAUGAGAAUAAUACUAUCUGCACAUUAGUGAACAGCCGGUAAGCCACCUAUUUGAAGCGGUCGGUGACCGGGGAUGGCUUGAUCCCUCCUACACGACCCGUUUUGGGUGAACGCUCAUAACGCACUCAUGUUCCAGUGGAAGAGAAAGAAAGUUUGCUGCGCUUGACUUGGAUAUCGUUUUUUAUUGCGCUGAACAUACACAGCCCUAUUUGUUUGUAUCAUAACAGUAGGCGAGAACACCUGUUUUUGGUGCUUGGAGACUUUUUCCCACCAUGUCUAAACCGGGGAUAAAGAAAAGCCACUGGACCUCCAGGGUGAGGGAGUGCGCGUUGGUGAAGGAUGCCCGCGGGGAGCUCGGCGUGCCCCUCCUCGGGGGCGCAGAGAACGGGGAGUUUGCGACCAUCGGACGACUGGACCAGGACGUCGUGGUUUACCACACUGGGAAACUAAUCGAAGGGGAGUUGCUACUGGAGGUGGAGAACCUGUCCAUAUCCGGAUUGCCUUUGUACGACCUGCACACCGUGAUAAAAAAUUGUAAAGGUCCCGUCAGGCUGAAAACUGUCAGUCAAGGAAACAAACUGAACAAGGACCUGAAGCACUACUUGAGCCUGCGCUUCCAGAAGUCCUCCGCCGACCACCAGCUGCAGCAAACCAUCCGAGAGAACCUCUACCGCCACGCCGUGCCUUGUACAACCCGUCCCCCGCGUGACGAAGAGGUCCCUGGUGUUCACUACAACUUCCUGUCCGUCGAGGACUUUUUGGAGUUGGAGAAGGCUGGGACCCUCUUAGAGAUUGGAUCGUAUGAAGGUAACUAUUAUGGGACGCCCAAGCCGCCAGCGCAGCCCCCCGCUGGGAUAGUGAUUAGUAGCGGCGGUGAUGCCCCUCUGGCAGACGGGCUCAGCGGCAGCCUGCCCGGCUCACAGCACUCUACUCCACGACGCGCAGACACCUACGAUGAGAUGCACCAUGCUGGGAUAGGGCCUGGAGGGCGGCAGCACCAGCAUCCACUGGAGGACGACGAGGACCUCCCGGAGAUGAACAGCAGCUUCACAGGCGACUCCAGCGAAGCGGACGACUUUCACCAAGCGGUGCGCCCCUUUGACUCCCGCCAGAGCGCCCCGUCCUACGCCGGGACCACCCCCUCCCCGUUGGCCACCACGGACAGGACACAGCAAACGCACCCCCACCCCCCCCCGGAGGACGACCCGCUGGGACCCCUGCCGGAGAACUGGGAGAUGGCGUACACGGAGAACGGGGAGGGCUACUUCAUAGACCACAAUACCAAGACCACAUCCUGGAUAGACCCUCGGUGCCUGGACAAACCUCAGAAACCCCUAGAAGAAUGUGAAGAUGAUGAAGGGGUACACACAGAGGAGCUGGACAAUGAUCUAGAACUGCCGACCGGGUGGGAGAAGAUAGACGAUCCAGUGUAUGGGGUCUACUACGUGGACCACAUCAACAGGAAGACCCAGUACGAGAACCCGGUGCUGGAGGCCAAGCGGCGCCGGCAGCUGGAGCAGCAGCAGCCGCUCAGCCAGCAGCCACCCGAAGGUGAGCGCUACAUCCGAGAAUGGAUCGAGGACUCAAACAUGGCAGGGGCCCCGCUGGCCAGCUACGCCGCAGCCACCCAGCAGGAGACCUACAGGGACCCGCAGAAAGGCCCGCCCGUGCCCAACGCCAUGGGCCAGAAACGGGGGAAGCCGUUCUUCACACGGAACCCGGCUGAGCUGAAGGGGACCUUCAUCAACACCAAGCUGAAGAAGAGCCGCCGAGGGUUCGGCUUCACCGUCGUCGGGGGCGACGAGCCCGACGAGUUCCUGCAGAUCAAGAGCCUGGUGCUGGACGGCCCCGCCGCGCUCGACGGCAAGAUGGAGACAGGCGACGUCAUCGUGAGCGUGAACGACACGUGCGUGCUGGGCUACACCCACGCCCAGGUGGUGAAGAUCUUCCAGUCCAUCGGCAUCGGCUCCAUGGUGAACCUGGAGCUGUGCCGCGGCUACCCGCUGCCCUUCGACCCCGACGACCCCAACACCAGCAUGGUGACCUCGGUGGCCAUCACGGAGAACAAGGAGCCCAUCAUCGUCAACGGGCAGGAGUCGCACAACAACUAUGACUCCCCGCCGUCCAGCCACGGCAGCCACGGCAGCAACCACCUGGCCAACAACGGCGGCGGCGGGAUGGCGCUCAACGGCCUCCCGCGGCCUCACAGCCCCUCUUCGGCCUCGGAGGCGGCGGGCAGCGAGGGCCAGACGCUGGCCUCGUCCAUCGCCACGCAGCCGGAGCUCAUCACGGUGCACAUGGAGAAGGGCGACAAGGGCUUUGGCUUCACCAUCGCCGACAGCCCCGGGGGCGGCGGGCAGCGGGUCAAGCAGAUCGUGGACUACCCGCGCUGCCGGGGCCUCAAGGAGGGCGACAUCAUCGUGGAGGUGAACAAGAAGAACGUACAGACCAUGUCGCACAACCAGGUGGUCGACCUGCUCAGCAAGUGUCCCAAGGGCACCGAGGUCACCAUGCUGGUGCAGAGAGGGGUGGCGCCUGCAAAGAAGAGCCCGAAACUGGGCUAUUAUGAGGAUCUGGCUCCUCCAUACGGAGAUUACACACGCAGGCAGUUGUCGAGGAAGGACAGUCAGAGCAGCUCCCAGCACAGCGUCUCCAGCCAGAGGAGCGUUCACACGCAGGACUCCCCGCUGCACUCCUCGCUGGCCGCCCCGCUCAGCGAGAGCUCCGCCCCCCCGGCCCCGUCCCAGCCGCUGCCGGGCCUGCCCGCGCAGGACAGCCCCGCCGACGACCCCUCCCAAAGGAAACCCGACCCCUUCAAAAUCUGGGCCAAGUCCAGAGUCAUGUAUGAAAGUAGGCUUCCAGACUUCCAGGAGCAAGAUAUAUUCUUGUGGAGGAAGGACACCGGAUUCGGUUUCAGGAUCCUGGGAGGGAACGAGGCAGGAGAGCCGAUCUAUAUCGGCCACAUAGUGAAGUACGGAGCGGCGGACGAGGACGGCCGCCUGCGCUCGGGCGAUGAGCUGAUCUGCGUGGACGGCACGGCGGUGGUGGGCAAGUCCCACCAGCUGGUGGUGCAGCUGAUGCAGCAGGCGGCCAAGCAGGGCCACGUCAACCUCACCGUGAGGCGCAAGACCAGCUACGCCGUCAAGGCCGAGGGAGACGUCCCGCCAUCGCCGGCCUCCUCGCACCACAGCAGCACGCAGGCGCUUAGUCUCACCGAGGAGAUGGGCAAGCGAACGCCGCAAGGCAGCCAGAACUCCCUCAACACCGUCAGCUCCGGCAGCGGCUCCACUUCGGGCAUCGGGAGUGGCGGCGGCGGCGGGGGUGGCGGUGGCGGCGGCGGAGGUUUAGGCAGCACUAUGGCACCAAUGACGGUCUCCUCGUCGGGUCCUCCUCCACCGCCUCCUCCUCCGGUCGUCUCCUCUUCCCAGCAGCCCCACAACAACGCGGCGCCCGGCCCCGCCGCCCCCUCCUCCUCCACCCUGCACCCCUACGACGUGGAGAUCCGCCGUGGCGAGAACGAGGGCUUCGGCUUCGUCAUCGUCUCCUCCGUGUCGCGGCCCGAGGCCGGCACCACCUUCGCUGGCAAUGCAUGUGUGGCCAUGCCCCACAAAAUAGGGCGCAUCAUCGAGGGCAGCCCGGCGGACCGCUGUGGGAAGCUGAAGGUGGGCGACCGCAUCCUGGCCGUCAACAACUGCUCCAUCACCAACAAGUCCCACUCGGACAUCGUCAACCUCAUCAAGGAGGCCGGCAACACCGUCACCCUGCGCAUCAUACCCGGAGACGAAUCCUCCAACGCCUCCCUGCUGACCAACGCAGAGAAAAUCGCCACCAUCACCACCACCCACGCCCCCCAGCAGCAGGCCGAGGCCAGAAACACCAAACCAAAGCAGGAGUCGUAUGAGUUCAAAGCCCCACAAGCACCCCCGCCCCUGCCCCCGGCACAGCAGGACGGUGAGGUGUACUCGGUGGACCUGGACCGGGACAACAAGGGCUUUGGGUUCAGCCUGCGGGGCGGGAAGGAGUACAACAUGGACCUGUACGUGCUGCGCCUGGCCGAGGAGGGGGCCGCCGUACGCAACGGCAUGAUGAGGGUGGGCGAUGAGAUCCUGGAGAUCAACGGCGAGAGCACCAAGGGCAUGAAGCACGCGCGCGCCAUCGAGCUCAUCAAGAGCGGGGGCCGGCGCGCCCACCUGCUGCUGCAGCGCGGCGACGGCUCGGUGCCCGAAUAUGGCACCCAGCCAAACGGCGACGCCGCAGUCCAGUCAACCACAGGGUUACAAAACGCUUCGGAAGUGAGCUUGCUGCUCCCGCCCGUCGCGCCCUCCGUGUCCGACUACCUGCCAGACCCCCCCCCCGUGUCCGCUCGGAGCAAGAAGGCGUCGAGCGGUCAGCCUGCCAAGAAAAGCCAUUCCAAACACCGCCACCAUCGCUCACCGGACAAGAAAAGCAAGCGCAAGGGGGGGAAGUCGACCGGCAAGGAUGACAAGGGCAAGAGCACUUCCAAAGACGGCCGCCACCACCACCACCAUCACUCCAACAACCCGUCCUCCGGGCAGCCCCGAACCGGACGCCAUCGCUCUCCGGGCCGCACGGGACGCUCCCGCAGCGCAGAGAACACGCUCGACCCGCGACGCACGGCGGCGCCCGCGAAGGGCCGCUCCCCGGACAGACGGCGCCACCGUUCCCCGCACCGCUCGCCGUACCGCUCCCCGCACCGCACCACCCACCGCUCCCCUCAUCGCUCCCGGCAACACUCGCCCCGUCGCUCGCCCUACCGCUCCCCGCGCCAGUCCCCGCGCCGCCGCCACGCCCACUCCUCGGACCCCUACCAGCGCCGCAGCAGCCCCGACCGCUACGCCGCCCAGGGCAACCACAAGCCCAACGGGGGGGCGCCCGCGCUCCGGGAGCCCCGCAGAUCCCUGGACCUACCCAGCACCCUGCCGGACAGCGUCCUCCGGGAGCCCCCCAGCAGGGAGGGCACGCUGGGGCGCUUCUACAAGGAGGACGGUCCGCUGCCCAGGGCCUCGUCCCUGGAGCGGUCCUACCGGCCUGCCGCCAGCCUCCUGAGGGAAGCGCCGCUGCGGGGGCCCUUCGGGGACCUCAGCCUGCCCAGGGUGCGCACCCCCGACUCGGACUCGGCGUACAAGCGGUACAGCUCCCUGCUGCGGAGCGACUCCCCCGAAAGGGUGGGCCGCUCGUCCAGCAGGGACCCCUACCCCGAGCCGAGGAACCGAGGCCGUAGCCCGGGCCGGGACAUCUCCCCCGUCAGCAGCUUUAGGCGGGAGGGACGGGCGGAGCCGGACGAAGAUUCCUACGACGACGAUGACGAUGACGACCUUGUGGCGGACAAGGUCAGGGAGUACUACAGCACGCUCAAGUCCGACCCCAGGCGCUCCUCCGGCAGCGCCACCCUCAAGUCUGAAGCCACCCGCUCCUCCGCCAACACCACCCUCAAGUCGGAACCCGCCCGCCCCUCAGGCGUCGCCUCGCUCCCAGAGCCCAAGAAGAAGACCUACAAGGACAGCCCCAAGGACCUGAGCAUCUGAUUGGCCGGCUGGCUCUGACACCACACUGCCACCGCAAAGCACCUCAAGUUGUUCACCUCCCCCGUCUCCCCGAUGGUUCUUCCUUUGCUUGUCCCCACGUCACACGCAAACACACAUGCACAAAUACGAUCACUACACACACACACACACACACAUGCGCGCGCGUGCAUGCAGUCCCUCAGACAAGCACACGGAAAUACGGAAAUCCCUACGAGACGGACCCAAAAACACCCAAACCCCUGGAAGAAGUCGAAAUUAUGUGACAUGGUUACACGGUUAUAACCAGACAGUGAUUCCUGAAUAACUUUUCGAAGUUGAUUUUUAUUUGUAUUGUACAAUUGUCUUUACUUUGGGAGGUGGGUGUGGCUGUUUUUUGCAAUUAGUUUUUGUUUUGUUUUCCUUUUACGUUUUUGUUUAGCAUUGUACAUUUCCAGUAUCUCAGAUUUUCCAGAAAAGUUAAAACCACAAAAAACAAUGAUGUGCCUAACAAGUUCCAUUAACUAGCGACCUUUUGAAGGAGGGGGCGGGGGGCGGGUUGGGGGGGGAAGUCGGGGUACUGGGUUGGUUUGGUCUGUCUGUUCGGAAUGUGACGGGCGUUUUGUGCCGCACCGUCAGUGAAAUGAAAUGUAUGUACUUUUCCACACUGAGCCCACGGACACACCGUACACACAGACCGCUGUGAUUGGUGCUCACAAUGAUGCUGUGCAUGUCUUCAAUGGUUUCAAUGUCUUCUCUCGUCUAUCUUGUCUAUUUUGUUCCUCUCUCUCGCUCUCGCUCUGUCUCUCUCUCUCUGUCUCUCUCUCUCUCUCUCUCUCGUUCUCGCUCUCGCUCUGUCUCUCUCUCUGUCUCUCUUGCUAUUUCUCUCCCCCCAGUGCCACAGUUUUUUAGACAUUUGACCAGACUAUAGCACAAGCCUGCAUUUGUUUGUAUAUUUUUGACAGUUUGCAGUAUGUGUACAUUCAGAGGUGAUCAUUUUAAAUGAAUGAAGGGAAAUUAAAAGUUAAUCUAUGAUGAUGUUAAAAUAAAAAUAAUAUAUUCAACAAA